AUGCUCCUUGUGAGCACCAGUGAUAGAGCGGCACAAACGGCAUCUCCUGCACACUCACCUUCAGGAACACAACCACAAGAGGCAGCUUUAAUGGGAGACUCAUCAUCGUCUUCAUCUGUUAAUCACAGAACACCUGAUAGGAGCGAAAGCGAAAAGAUCGAAGCAACUGUGCAGACUGAGGCUGCAACAUGUGGUAAAGUCGAGGGCAAGACUAGCUUUGGGCCGUGCCUGAACACCGGCGUGCAGCUCAAGAGAGUGCUCGGUAAUGUCGAGCACAAGACUGACUCUGUUUACUUCCAAGACUCUGAUGUGCAUCUCAAGAGGGUGCUUGGGCUGUGGAACGGUGUGGGCAUGAUCGUGGGCAUCAUGAUUGGGUCUGGCAUCUUCGUGUCACCCACGACGGUGGUGGAGUACACAGGCAGCGUGGGUAUGGCGCUGGCGGUGUGGUUGGCCACGGGACUCCUCUCCAUGGUGGGAGGACUCUGCUACGCCGAGCUCGGCACGACCAUCCCUCGAAACGGAGGCAGCUACGUGUAUGUCCUGGAAGCGUUCGGCCCAAUACCCGCCUUCCUCGUCCUCUGGAUCAACAUUCUCGUUGCCAAACCUGCCAGCCAAGCCAUCGUCUCUCUCACUUUCGCCAACUAUCUUCUCCAAGCAUUUCUCCCGGACUCCAUCCCACCUCCCUACGUCUCUGUCAAGCUCCUCACCGCGGCGAUGAUCUGUUUAGUUUUGUAUGUCAACUGCGUCGGUGUCAAACUCGGGACCUAUGUACAAGAUGCCUUAACCAUGACGAAGGUGGUGGCGCUGAUCAUCAUUAUUGUGGCCGGGGCGUUGCACCUCGCCAGGGGUCACGUCAAACACUUCCUUGACCCCAUGAAAAGCACCAUCUGGGACGUCUCCUCUCUCGCCACCGCCUUCUACUCCACGCUCUUCGCUUACAAUGGAUGGGACAGUCUGACUUAUGUAACCGAAGAGCUGAAGGAUCCCAGCAGGAAUUUGCCAAGAGCCAUUGCUAUCUCAAUGUCAAUAGUGAGUGUGAUUUACACGCUUACGAAUGUUGCCUACUACGCUGUGUUGACUCCGGCUGAGAUCUUGUCCUCCAGUGCUGUGGCUGUGACUUUCGGCAGCCGUAUGCUGGGGCCGCUGGCCUGGAUUAUUGCCUUCUUCGUCGCCUGCUCCACAGCCGGCAACGCCAACGGCAACCUUGUAGCUCGAUCACGCCUGACCUUCGCCGGGGCAAGAGAGGGUCACCUGCCGCAGUUCCUCACUCUCAUUCACAUCAGUCACUCCACUCCGGUCCCGGCUCUUAUACUGUCGUCGAUAGUGCCCUUAGCGGCAAUUAUGGCAGACAACGUUGGGGCUCUCCUGGCCUACACUUCCUUCACCAACAACCUCACCAACCUCACCGCCGUCCUGGGCCUUCUCUGGCUUAGGUACAAGGAACCAGGAAGAUCCAGACCAAUUAAGGUAUGGCUCGGUUUCCCAAUUUUUUACCUGGUGGUAAGCGUGUUACUGACGGUGUUCCCCGUGAUCCGCAGACCUGUGGAGAUCGCCGUCGCCUUCGGAAUUAUUAUAGCAGGUCUGAUAGUGUACUUCUUGGCUAUCCACUUGCAGUCGACACCAAAAUGUUUCGCCAAUAUUAUGGAGAAAGUGACGCGCCUGUGUCAGCUGGUGUUCUUGUGCUGUCCAGAAGCUCAGUGUCAGAGGAACUGA